AUGGCUGACGAUACCACUCCUCCGUCUCUGCCGUUUGCUACCUUGGUUCACAUGAUUACCAUUCGGCUUAACUCUGAGAAUUUUAUUCUCUGGCGUAAACAAGUUACUUUUCUUCUUCAAAAUCAGAAUUUGUUUCACAUUGUUGAUGGUUCUAUUGAACCACCGUCGCAAAUCCUUGAUUCUAUUCCAAAUCCUCGAUUCGCUCAAUGGCAAGCUCAAGAUCGAAAUGUCACCAGUCUCCUACUUUCUUCCUUGACCGAGGAGGCCCUCUCUGAGACACUUAGUGCUGACACUGCUCGGGAUAUUUGGAAUGCUCUGCAUACUGCCUAUGCUUCACGCAGCAAGGCUCGUGAACUGCGCCUCCGUGACGAGCUUCAACUCAUGCGUCGUGGUUCCAUCUCUGUGACAGAAUAUGGAAAGAAAUUUCGCACUAUUUGUGAUCAGUUAGCUGCUAUUGGUGCUCCUAUUGCUAAUGAUGACAAAGUACACUGGUUCCUUCGUGGUCUUGGAUCGAACCAACACACGACGACACAAACACAAACACAAACACAACCACUCUACGUCACAUGCUCUGCACGCUUCCCUCCGCCGCGUUCCUUGUACUAUGAUGGUGAAGGCCGAGUUCUUGCACCCCGUGGGGGUGAACUACCUCUUCGCGCCGUGGAUUUCGUGGCUCCUGCUGCUUCAGUCGGCGCCGUUCGUGCCUCCCAAAACGGCGACGUAUUUGGUGCUGUGGUGGGUGUUUGCGGCGCCGGUGGUGGCGCUGGACGUGAAGAUCUACGGGCAGUGGUUCACGAAGGGGAAGAGGUUUCUAUCCGCUGUGGCGAACCCCACGAGCCAGAUGUCGGUGAUAGGGAACUUGGUGGGGGCACGCGCCGCCGCGCGUAUGGGUUGGAAGGAGAGUGCGGUUGGGUUGUUUUCGCUGGGGAUGCUCCCAGUGUCGCUAGCUUGGCUUGGGAAUCCAUUGUUGGCACCUUUGAUACUGCUUCCAAGAUGCUCUUCUUUCUCUCCCUCUUCCUCUUCGCCUCACUGCUGAUUAAUUGGAAGAUGGGAAAACACUUUUACUGCUGCCGCACGGUGCAUGGACAUGGAGCCUCCUUGCCAAUUUGCAGGCCAGCCAUGUUCAGGAGAUCUAUGAGAAGGUUCAAUGUUGCUUGGUGGGCUUACUCCUUUCCAAUUACCGUACUUGCUCUGGUUUCCACGGAUUAUGCACAAGAAGUCAAAGGAACUCUUUCGAACAUCCUAAUGUUCCUUCUUUUAGCUCUUUCAGUUCUUGUCUCGCUUGCUCUAACGUUCUUCACUUUCCUCAACUCUAAGAUGCUUCUACCGGAUAACGAUCCUAUAGCUAGCUUGCUCAUUGGUUUACCAACAGUACAAUAAUGAUCAAAGUCUUCAUUAUUUAAUUAUAAAUCACAGCUAGUACGUUGUCAAUCGUCAA